AUGCCACCUCUCAAGGUCAUCAUCGUCGGUGGCGGUCUCGCCGGUGCCUGUCUCGCCAGCGGCCUCAUCAACAACUCCAACGGCCAAGUCGAUGUACGCGUUUUUGAGCACGAUGAAGACGGUUCAGACAAAGGCGGCUACCAAAUUCGACUUGGAGCACACGCUCUCAUCGGAUUCAAGGCUUGCCUUACCGAGAAGCAAUACAGAGACCUCUUGCUCUGCUUCGGCAAGUUGGGGGGCGUUGUGUCAUCCGCACCUUGCAUCUUUAGCCCUUCCGACCUGAAAGUUCUGAUCGACUUGAGCAAGGCGCCCAUUUACGAAAAGAGCGCACCAAUUGCACGUUUGAGGCUUCGGAACUUCCUCCAGGCUCCGUUACGUCAGCUAAACGUGAUAGCGUACGGAAAGAAGUUUGUCAGAUAUGAAGUUCUCCAAAACAGCAACAUCAGACUUCACUUCCAAGACGACUCUCACCAAGACUGUGAAGUUCUAGUGUCUGCUGGGGGAAGUGGCAGUCGCAUGAACAAACAGAUUGGAUUGGACAACAUCCUCACAAAGGUCAGGCCUGGCGAUGGUGGAUUGCUUGGAAAAUGUCAUCUACCAUGGCCUGUUCUCCGGUCCCUGCCAAGACAGCUACUAGAAAAGGGCACCAUCUACACCGGGAAUUCAAAGGCCAUGGUGUUUGCUGCGGUUUACCUGCCGGAAAGCCUAUCAUCUGCCAAACAAACCACAGAUAACAAAGACACAGAUGAUGACCUGAAGCCCAAGAAUUACGACGAGGAGGAAGCUUCACUCUUCCUUGGCAUGUCCUGGACUACGGGACCAUCCUCAUCUGAGAUUCCCGACAUCAAGGACAAGAAGGCUCUAAUGCGUCAGAAGCUUGCCGAGGCUGGCUUCCAUCCUGACUUCUCUAGUCUAGUUGAUGCGGUGGACAAUGAAGCGCUCAUGAAAACACCUUGGAGAUACGCCAAGAGCGAUACGCCAGUCAACUGGAGACAAUUACUCCUUGCAAAAGACGAGAACAAGUCGAAUCCGGACAUGCCAACCCACGAGUGUGGCUGA